AUGGCUCAGAGAGGAGGUAAAGAAGCAAAUGAGAGUGACGUCACAUCACCUGAUGUAGGGCAAAAGCUGUGUUUUGAUGACGAGACUUUGAAAGGUAAGGUAACGGCUACAAAGACCAUUACCAAGAUAUUCACAUCAGCUUUUAACAUGUCCAAAGCAGACAUAUUUUUCUUAUUCUCUUACGAUCCUAGAAUAAAGCCCAACACGAGCCUUUUCGAAAGCUUGUGCCUUGAAAAAUGAAUGUCGCCUUUCGCGAAAGCUCUCUGUAUAAAGUGUCUAGCUUCUAACAUAAAAAAUAUAAUUAUUAAAGCAAUUCUUGGCUUCAGUUUGCAAAAAUUUGGUGUUUCUUUGGUGACGUCUGCGCUCAGGAUACAAAGAUAUCUUUCUGCUGGAGGGUCUAUCGUAUGAGGGACAACUGCUAAAAAACGGCCUAUUUCGAUUUCUUUUCGCGUCUUGGGGGUUGUGUAAAUUUUGUGAAGUUGAUGCUGUUUUAUUGAUUUGAUUUAUUUCCUUGCAUAUUUUUGCGAGUUGUUUAAAAAUUCUUUCAUGAAAGAUGUUCUGCUGCAUUAUGUAAUAACGACGCAUUUUGGUAAUAACUUACGCAAUUUGUAACAAUGCCCUGACGCAAAGUGUAAUAAUUUUGUUCUUGCAAGAACAACAUACAAGCAAAUGAGAAAACAAAAAAUAGUGUUACUUAAUUAGCAGCAACGAGGCCUUAAUACAAAAGUAAGCCUUACGAGUCGAUUGCCUGCGUGCAGACGUCUCCUAUUUCCUUUGUUGCACGCGAAAAAGGGACGUCUGCGUAACGCCGUCGCUAAUCGUGUUCCAGCUUCCCGCUGGCAUGGAAUUCUAUUUCGCAUAAAUUGUGAAAUAAUAUCCGGUUAGUAAUAAGAGUUGACAGGCCAAACACAACAUCAUAAGCUCGUUAUAAUGCGAAACGUGACCUUGAGAGUCUGCUUGCACAGAGGUUUUUCUUCUUUUCUCUCUCGCACUACACAGUGCAUGUAGCAGUCUAAAUUUUGACUGAGUAAAUCUCGUUUUUGCCGCACCAAGUCUUACAUUUAGAGGUCACGAAGCAGGCUUGUUACAUGCACACUGAGUAAUCAUUUCCUGUGGCUUAUGCUUCUGUGGGUGUUCCUGAUAGGAUUUGAUUUCAGAUGCAGUUCUGAAGUGUUUAAAUUUUCUUUGACCUCUGUUUGUUAUGGCUUAAUAAAGAUUUUAGUUUUUUGGCUGGCUUUCUCCGAAAUGCCCGCCUGGUGCGAAGUCCACGCCGCUUUUGUACGGUCUGCACAGAAUGGCACAUGUUUUGAUUAGUUUUGACCGGAAAACCCCGAUUACAUAAAUCACUGCAUACAUUAUCAGACCAGAUUCAAUAACAACCAAUCAGCGUUAAGUCGAACAAUGCGCACUGUGUGUCAGCCUAUCACAGCAUGUUCCCAAGAUCUUGGGAACCCAGCGGGACGCUGGAACACGAUUAGCGACGGCGUUACGCAGACGUCCCUUUUCCGCGUGCAACAAAGGAAAUAGGAGACGUCUGCACGCAGGCAAACGAGUCGACGGCAUCGACGAGUUAAGUCAUGUUCAUGAAUACUGCCACAAGAAAUUUUAAUUGUUUAGAAAAGCGUUAAUUAAAAAAUAGAUUCGACACGAUCCAUUAUUACUGACUCUUAAAUCGUUUCGUUCCACAUACUUACGUUUUGUUGUUGUUGUUGCUGUUAAUUAUUGUUUAUUCUCUGGUUCCUCUGGAACGAGAAAGAAGAGAGAGCUGAGAACGAGGUUGUGUUAGUGCCUCAUAAACGAAGUGAACGAACCUGGUUUGGUUUUUUUAAAUAAACAUUAUUAAUCGUUAGUUCUCGUAUUUAGGCAGUUUUGGUGGAUUUUGCUUAGGUUCGAAACCCGGUCAUUGAGAAGUGAAUUUCAAUUAUCAUUUCUUACGAACCUUUCAAGUCGCCAAUUCAGUCGAACGAAUCAGGCCCAGUAAGAGUGAGAUCAUUUUGACGCAAUUCUCCUCUCGUAAGUGUUUCAUUUCGAACGAAAUGCACGUGUGGGGCUUCACCAGCCUUCCAACACAGUCAGACGCUCUAUCAUAGGGCCUUAUUUUGCAUUCCUCCUGCACUACUUUAACGAAAGUCCACCUUGUAAUCUCAAAAUACCAACAUGCGGCCGACAAAAUCAUGAUUCAAAACAUCAUGAUUCAUUGUUUUUGCAAAAAUAGAAUUAUUACAAUUUGCGUCAGGACGUUGUUACAAAUUGCGUAGACGGACAAUUUUGACAACUGAAUUGUUCAGCUAAGUUAAACAAAUUUCACAGGAAAUUAGUGGUGACAGACUGAGCGAGGGAAUUCAUCGGUGUUUACGAGGUAACAUGCAACAGAGUUGAGCAAACAGCAUAAAGAGGUAAAAAGGGUCAAAAUACAUGGUGUCCUGCUUCAGUCAACAAUUAAUGGUUGUGGCUGAGUAUCGUAUGAAGAAUUAUGGAGAUCGAAGAGGGUGAUAACAUCCUCCGAGAAGCCGACUUCAAUAAUUGUUUUAUUAUUCAGUCAAAAUAAUUCCUUGUUUAAAAACAUAGCUAAAACAUGCUUACUUCUAUCGAUACUAUCUACUUCUAUCUACUACUAUUCUAUCUACUUCUAUCGCUCAUCUUCGAUAGUGCACGUUUAGGGUUGUUCAGCUCCGCAAAUAUUCUCCAAAUAGCAGAUGUCGUCCUUCGAGUUGUCUUCUUGCUGUUCUUACCGUGUUUUAAGCUAUUAUUUCGCCUAGUUCUUACUCUUGCAACGAGUGAAAUGUCCGUGUUUCCACAACCAAAAUAACUCAGCCUCGUCCCCAGGUCUUCUCUGUUAACGGUGCAUUAACCUGCAAAAAAGCUGCACUUUUGACGUCAUUGCUUGAUUAAUAGCAAAAUUCUUCCAAAUUUGGUCAUCAGUAGCUGGUUAUGGUGAAUUAUGCGUGUGUUUUUAGCCAAUCAGAAUCGGGGAAAUGUUUUGAAUGAAUAAUAAUAUACAUUAACAAUUUCUUAAUUUAAUUCAUUUCUAGCGAUAGCUGAGGUUUACUUUAACGAAGGUAAUGAAGCAUACAGAAAGAAAGAUUACAGCAAUGCCGUUUACUUCUAUACUGAGGGAAUUGAAGUUAACUGUAAGGAUGAAGAUCUCAAAGCUAAACUGUACAGCAACAGAGCACUUGCACAUCAUAAAUUGGGUGAGACUAUUUUCAUUUAUAAAAUAGAAGGGGCAGAGCGGCCGAGUGGUCGGUACCUCGUUCUCGAAAUCCUGACGUCUCGGAUUUGUGCUCCGCUCCACCUGCUGGUUUUAUUUCCCGCUAACUUCAAGUUUACUGAUUGCUCAACUGUGCUUGUAAAAUACAACUUGUCUGCCACCUGCCAGUUGGGGCUUUUAAUUAAGUUUUUUAAUUUAGAAUAUAUUUUUGACUUUUUGAAUGAAAGAAGAACAUUUUUUCGUAUACUUUUUCAUUUUUCAUUAACUCUUAUUACUAAUAGGUGUCGUACUGGUUUUAACACCUCACACUGUUAUUAAGAGAAGAAUGACGACGCAUUUUUUAACAAUGGUUGCGGCAUUUUGUUACAACUUACGCACAUUGUCAUAAGAGCUGUGGUAUUUUGUAAUAAAUGGAGGUUACGCAUUUUUUUAAACCAUCUUAAUCAUUAGUUACUAGUUAGCUAGUUUUAACAAAAUAUAUUAUUAAUUUUGCUUAAAUUUAAAGACCCCUUCAAUUUCAGUAAUAUUUCUAAUACUCCUUUAGAGAUCCGACAGUAUUUUGUAAGCACGAGUUGCAUGUUCUUAGACAAGAAAACCCUGCUUAAAAUUUGGCUUAAACUUAACCAACUUUCGAGGAGCUGGGCCCGGUUCAUUACAAAAAGGCCGCAGUUCUUAUUACAAAAUACGUAAGUUGUCACAAAGUACCGCAACCCUUGUUACAAAAUGCGUCGUUACUAGAGAAUGUGUUUCUUAUUGCUUUAUCACGGCGUUGUUUUUCUUUUUUUGCAACACUCAUAGGAAAUUACAGUGGCUCACUUAGAGAUGCAAAAGUUGCCAAGGACAUACGACCACUGUUUAUCAAAGCAAUAACAACAGGUAAUUUAAAAAAAGAUCAUAGACACUCAUAG